ACCCGUUCCCGGUACUCUUCAGCUCUGUUUUUCCCGCCCAAUCUAUCUACACCUCCAAGGGAUCGAGUUUUUCCUCCCUUCCUGUCUCUCUCGGAUUCCAUCCCUAAUGGCGGAAUCGGAAAUGCUGAUCGACGAGCCUCCGGAAACCAUCCCGUUCCAACUCCAGUUCGACAAUCCGGUGGCCUCGGAGAUCAAGCUAGCCGAAUGGAAUCCCGAGAAGGACCUGCUUGCGAUGGUCACCGAGGAGUCCAAGAUUGUUCUGCAUCGUUUCAAUUGGCAGAGGCUUUGGAUCACUUCUUUAGGGAAACCUAUUACAGCGAUAUGUUGGCGUCCUGAUGGUAAAGUGCUAGCUAUUGGCCUUGAAGAUGGAUCGGUUUCACUGCAUGAUGUUGAAAGUGGGAAGGUGUUGAAGCAGGUUAAAUUACACAUAGCAGCAAUUGUCUGUCUCAAGUGGGAAGUCGAGGAUCAAACGGGAGAGUCUGUAGGGGAUGAGAACAGAAACAUGUUCCGCUAUGAGGAUCGUACUUCACGCUUCUUUCCACCAGCCCCAAGAAUUCCUCGAAUAUCUGGGGUGGGUUCUGGGGAUCCUGGUUCAAUGGAGAACAAUGAAGAUUCAAGUCAGGAGCUGUUGAAUUUUUCACUUCAACGAUUUAAUCUUCUCUGCAGUGGAGAUAAGGAUGGAAGUGUUUGCUUCAGUAUCUUUGGGAUCUUCCCAAUAGGGAGAAUAAAUAUUGGAGACUUUGUUGUUCAUACGGGUCACCAACACAAGAAAUAUACGUGUAACUUAGCCAAUGCAUCCAUUCAGAAGAUAGCUCUUUCGAAAGAUCUAUCCCAUUUGGAAUUGCUUUGCUUCGGAGAGUUGGUUAACAGAGACUCCUUGAGUGAGGAAGCCUCUUGCUUAUACAAGGGUUCCACUCAAAAUGGAUUGCAUUAUUUACAAGUAAAUACAUCCAUAUUCUGUGAAAGGAAAAAUGAGCUCCAUCAAGUGGCACAACAAGCUUCGAACAUUCUUGAGCUCAUUGAAGUUGUUCGGUUUUCUCUAUCAUUGAUGCACAAGCAAUGGUCUGAAGUCUUGACUAUCUUUCAUGAGAAGUUCCGUUCUCUAUCUUCUUUGAUUGUUGAUCAUGGACUCGAUUCCAGUUCCCAUGAAGAGCUUCUCAGUCUUUUAUGUGGAGCCAGGACAAGCCCAGCCAUUCAUCAGUUUCUAGUGAACUCCCUUGGUGAACUGGGAUUAAAACGUGUCUCAAAAUCUUUUGAUAGUACUGGGAAAGAGAUGUAUCUGAUAAUCCGUGAACAUCUUCAGCCAGCCGUCGAAAUAAUUGGAUUUAGAGUUGGAGAACUGAGGGCCCUCUCAAGAUUUCAUGCUCGCUAUAAUACUAUUGGAUUGAAUGAAAAGCUGAUUGAUCAUUUUGAGGAAAAGGCUGGCAUGCUAUUAAUACAGGUUGAAAGAUUAUCAAGAAUUCUCUCAGUAACGUUACUUCAGUUUCAGAACUUCUUCAGUUGGCUAUCGAAGUGUAUAAAGUUAAUGUCUGAACAAAGCGAUCAGCUUCCUCAGCCAAAUAGUGAGCUCGUGGUUGUAUUCUUGAGGUCUUUGUUCAAUCACGAUCCUUUAGGGAUUCACUUGAAGUAUUCAAAGCAAUGCCCUCACAUUAAAGUUCAUGCAGCAACAAUGGAAAGGGUGGAAGAGCUUAUGAUGAUUGGAGGGUUUGCUGACCCUAAGUUUUUGCAGAGGACUCUUGUUGAAGAAUUUGACUUGUUACAGAAUAGUUGCAAGGAGGCCUUUUUAUUACCUUUGACUGUGAUUUCCCAGAAGCUCCACUGCGAAGACGUGAUGCCCCUAUACUCAUUUCCAUCAAUGUCAAGUUUUGAUUCAGCUGCUGUACCUACUUCUUUAGCGUACUACAAGAAUCUUUGUGCUGAUGUCUCUACAUGUUCAAGGUCUAGAAAUGUGGAUUAUGCAUGUUUCAGAAUACCUAAUGAAUCCCCAGACAAAACGAAUACUGUUGGUAUAGUAAGAGGCUUGUCAUGUAGUUCACAGUCUUUUGACAAAGAAGAUGCAUUGGUAGAAGCUAUUUUUUUACAUAUUCAAGAUGGAUAUCAUUGUGUAGAUCUUGCACUAUAUAAGGACUGCCAGCUUGUUCUGUUGUUGAAUGAAACUGUUGUGUCACCAAAUUCCAUGGAUAGAGCUUAUAUGAUGCUUGUAGACGUAAAAGAACUUUCAUUCUUUUCCGUUUCAAGGUUAUCAGCUGGAGAAAACAUCUGGGAAUUCUGCUACUCUAAGGGUUAUGUUAUUGACUUGGACCCGAAGGACUGGAGAGUGCGGUGUGUUCCUCAUUCUUUGGUAGCACCACUGGCUGUUAGCGCUUCUAGAGGUGUGGCAUGUCUCUUCGCACUAAGAAGACGUGCACUGGUUUAUAUAUUAGAAGAAGAUGAAGAAGAUACUUCUGACGUUGAAUAGAGUGGUAUGCUCUGAAAGGAGCCUAUUCUUCACGAAGAUUGGAGAUCCACCAUAUGGGCCAGGCAUGUUUUGCCUUCAGCCUCUUGGUUCCUUUUCCUAGCUGUGGAACAUAGAUUAGACCCCAACAGCUCGGUAUUUUCCUGGCUAGUAGGUGUCCUGCUUGUGGAUUGGGUUCAGAAUCGUCCUCCCAUUUGCUUCUUUUCUAUCCUAGAGCUAAGGAACUAUGGAAAUUUUGGUGCAGUAAGUUUCAAGAGCAAGUGCCUCUAGUAGUGAACAUCAAGGAUCUGAUCAGAAAAUGGAAGGGUAGUGGAAACUCGACCUCUCAUUCAAACCCCUGUCGCAACUGCAUAUGAGCGAUUCGUUUUAUUAUGAAGGACAUUGAAAGGUGAAGCAUGAUUAACAAAAAGACACAAUUCACUGUGUAUGACAUGCCUAAUCCGAUGGACAAUCCGGUGACAGUAAUCAACCAAUACAAAAGCACCCAAAGAAGCAAAUAGGAUCAAGGAAACGCAUGAUUGUACAGAGCCAUAUAGCAGGAAAAAGGGUCAAACCAUCAAAGAUGAUAACCAGAUUCAAACAAUGGAAAAGAUGAACUCUAAAAUUUUCGAACCAUGCUGAAACAACGGAAAGGAUCUUCUCAAAAACGUUCAAGCCAAGGCGCAAAAGGCUUCCCAAGCCACAUGACUAAAUCAACAAGAUGAAAAACAAAAGCGCUAGAGUAUUGAUCUUACGCACCGGAGCAGGCAAGUGGCAGGAGCAGGCCAGUGUGAGGGAGACGACGAGGACGAACGUGAGCGAGCAGCGGCUGCGGCUGGAAGGAAGAGGCAGAACACGAGCGAGCGGCUGGGUGAGGAACUCGUGGCAGGAAGAAAGGGGCAGAACGUGAGCGAGCAGCGGCUGCAGCUGGGUGAGGAACUCGCUGCAGGAAGGAAGAGGCAGAACACGAGCAAGCGGCUGGGUGAGGAACUCGCAGCAGGAAGAAAGGGGCAGAACGUGAGCGAGCAGCGGCUGUAGCUGGGUGAGGAGCUCGCGGCAGGAAGGAAGAGGCAGAACGUGAGCGAGCGGCUGGGUGAGGAACUCGCGGCAGGAAGGAAGAGGCAGAACGCGAGCGAGCAGCGGCUGUGGUUGGGUGAGGAACUCGCGGCAGGAAGGAAGAGGCAGAACGCGAGCGAGCGAGCCCUAACGGGCCAAAAGAAAAUUCCGGAAAUAUGUUUCCACCCCUGC